AGGUGGAGCAAACGCAACCACAGACAGAGACAGAUAUAAAUUGAUGGCAUCGUUGGGAAGCACAUGAGAAGAUGAAGAGCAUGCAGAGCUGCAGAGUGUGUGUGAUGGUGUGCGCCGUGCUGCUGUCCUGCGCCUCUGGCAAUGAAAUUUACCAUCUAGAUGACGAGGAGGCGGUGGAUAUAGACAGGAGAGCCCUGAGGAACUUCUACCCUAAAGAGCCUAAUUUAACCAGCCAGAAAGAGCUUCUUGGGGCUCUGCAUGAUGUUUUGGAAAAGCUGCAGAGCAAACGGAUCUCAAUUUGGGAAAAGAAGUUUAGCCGAGUUCCCACGUGUGGGGUCGGGCAGCAGUGUGCCAUGCGGAAAGGCUCGCGUAUCGGCAGGAUGUGUGACUGUCCGAUCGGAGCGGCUUGCAACACCUACCUGCUCAAGUGCUUAUAAUCAUUCCAUUACGUCCACUUGGAAAUGGAUUCAUUAAAUGAAUUUAAUUUUGAGUUCAUUCACGUUUUCGAUGUACAUAUGUACAUUUUGUGUGUCAUCAUUGUUUUAAUGAAACCCCAUAUCCAUGAAUUUAUUUCGUUAUAUAAUAUAAUGUAAUAAUAAAGUUAUUAAAGUGCGACUGAGUUGCAAACACUUGUCCAAUAUUUUUCUUUGGAAUAAUGAUGUUCCCAUGCAUGAUGUUGAUUCAUUUAACACACAUCAAUCCUUAAUUAAAAAUAACUGGAUAUAGCUUUAGUUUUCAAAGCAGCAGCUGAUUAUGAAACAAGGAGUCACACAGCAUGAAAAGGGACACCAGCAGUGAGCGAGAGACGCUGUCAUAACACAUCUAGGACAUUUUGAUUGAUGUCUUACAUCUAAAUCUGAUCCUUUAAUCGUAUGUAAUGCAGGAUAUGUCUUUGUAGAGACACUUGUCCAGUCACCAUAAAUGAUUUGCUUGUGAAAGCUUUAACUGACUCUAAACUCAUGAGUUUGCAUCCCAGAGGAGAGGAUUGAAAGGCACAGAACUUUCACAGUCUGUCUCUGCAUAAAUAAAGCGUCCCUCCGAGGCUCCCAUUUGUGAAGGUCAGCACAAAACCACCCUUCAUCACGUACAUCAAAAUUGCGUCAACUG